AUGCAAUACGCUACUGCACCACUAACACAAAUCAUUCACACAGCUCUCGGUGUUAAUUUCGGAUUGACGUACAUUACCGCUGCGUACAUGACCAAGUCCAACGAUUCGGUUCCAGUGGUCAAGAUAGAAGGAUCCCAGCAGUAUCAAACCCACAUGAAGAGACUGGUUGACGAUUCCCAAAAACGAGUGAUGCAUCUUGGCGAAGUUUACAUCGAAGAUGGCCCCGACUUGACUCCAGCCCCAAAGGAAUAUCUUGGCUACGACGAGCCUGAGCAAGCGAUGUUUUCAGAUUAUCUGCGGCAAGUGACGGAUCAUGCCACGCGCUCUCUGGGCUAUUCGAUUGAGAUUACUGCGGCGGGUGUGCCAUCUGGACUCGAUGGUAUCGCUACCAGACAUCUUUAUCACGCUCUGAUCAACACCGACGCCUCAGCCCUUCAAUAUGGGUGGCAACGACUCCAGUUUCUCGACACGGCCCGGCUAGCAUACCACCUCGAUACAUGCCAGUCUUUGGGACUUGCCAGUUCUUGUAACAUCAAUCACAAAAGUCAUACAAUCUUCUAUGUUGAUUAUAAUGCCCACUACCUGGACCUAUGGAUGGCCGAUGUCACCGAGAUGACUUUGAACGAAUUCGUGCACCAUCGAGCUCCUCAUCACAAAAAAGUAGGGGAUUCCGGUUUUGGUUUGGCUGAUGAGACGAUGAUCCAAGCCAUUCGAAAGUUCGUUUCAGAGCAAUUAGCUCCCGAAGAGGCUCAAGUCCGUGCCGUGAUUGUGAGCGGUGAUACCUCCUCAUUGGAUAGUAUUCGUGAUGCUGUCAAGGAUGCUCUUCCUGCAAGACUCAAGUCUCUACUUCGAGACCACAUUGAUCCGAUGUUCCUUGGGGCUUUUGGUGCUGCUCAUCGUGCGCGGAAAUAUGUUCACGAACCGGAGCUGCUGGAUGAUAGUCAUGAUCAUGACCAUUUCCGCCAUCUUCCCCAUGAUGAGCUAUAA